AUGGCAAAUGCAAAACGUAUCCUUGUCGUUGCAGGGUCUGACAGUUCAGGUGGCGCAGGCCUCGAAGCCGACCAAAAAGUCAUCGCUGCUCAUGGCUGUUAUGCUAUGACUGCGACCACCGCUUUGACCGCUCAAAAUACCCAAGGCGUUACUGGCAUCCACGAAACACCAUCAGACUUUGUGAAAAAGUGUAUCGAUGCUUGUGCUGAAGAUGUCGGAGUUGAUGUAGUCAAGACAGGUAUGCUGGCUUCCGCUGGUACCAUACAGGUCGUCGCAGAUGCUAUCAGAAAAUACAAGCCCGCGUGCAGCAUCAUCGAUCCGGUCAUGGUUGCGACAAGUGGAGCAAGACUACUCAAAGAAGAAGCCAUCAAGACACUAUGCGCUGAACUCUUACCUGUGACAGGACUGAUCACACCCAACAUCCCCGAAGCACUCCUAUUGCUUGAGGAAUCUGGAAACAAGAUCGACGACAUCAAGGAUCUGGACGGUAUGAAGCGACUAGCCAAGGCUGUUGCUGAGAUGGGCCCUAAAAGUGUUUUGAUCAAAGGCGGACAUAUCCCGUUGAAGAAGAACUAUGAGGUUGCUACUACUGAUGAUGAGAAGGAGGUUCUGGUCAACGUCCUCUAUACUGAUGGUGACUUUUGUGUUUUCGAGUCAAAGUAUCAGGUCGCGAGAAACACGCAUGGCACUGGAUGCUCACUCGCCUCUGCAAUCGCCUGUAAUGUUGCCAAUGGCUUGAGUAUGGAAAGAGCAGUUCGUGCAGCUGGCCGCUAUGUUGAGGCUGGCAUCAAGACCAGUGUUGAUCUCGGCAAGGGCUCCGGUCCGAUCAACCACUUCCACUCCCUCAAUAUCAUGCCCUUUCCUCCUGGCGGCUUUGUGGACUGGCUGUUAGAACGCGAAGACGUCCAACAAGUCUGGAAAGAGUUCACAGAGCACGAGUUUGUCGAGAAGAUGGGUGACGGUACCUUACCUGUGGAGAGAUUCAAGUUCUACAUGGUCCAAGACUAUCUCUAUCUGACACAAUUUGCUAGAGCGAAUGCGCUCGCGGGCUACAAGGCCAAGACCCUGGAAGGUGUUGCCGCAUCCGCCGGCAUCGUAACCCACAUCCAUACAGAAACCAAACUCCACGUCUCCGAAUGCCUCGAGCUAGGCGUAACAAUGGACGAACUCCGCAACUCAGAAGAACACCAAGCAUGCACAGCAUACUCCCGCUACAUUCUCGACAUCGGCGCCUCCGAAGACUGGCUCGCCCUGCAGAUAGCAAUGUUCCCCUGCCUCCUUGGCUACCACCACAUUGCCAAACGACUUUCUGCGCUUCAAGACCCUGCUGCUCCAAAGACAGCAAAUCGCUAUCGCCAAUGGAUUGAUAAUUACAUUGCCGAUGAUUAUACACAAGCUGUUGGGAAAGGAAUGACAGAGUUGGUAGAGGGGCAUAUUUUCAAGCAGUCGCCUAGCAGGAUCGAGGAACUGGUGAAGAUCUUUAUCCAUGCUACAAAGAUGGAAUGUGGGUUUUGGGAUAUGGGAAUGGGUGCAUAG